AUGGCUGCGGUUUACCCAAGAACGUGCUACAAGUGUGGUCAGAUUGGCCAUUUUGCCGAAAACUGCCAGGAGGUGGAGAGAUUGUGCUACAACUGUCGUCUGCCCGGCCACAAGUCUUCCGAAUGCACGGAGCCAAAGCAGACCACCCAGAAGCAGUGCUACAACUGCAACCAAUUGGGCCAUUUGCAAAGCGAGUGCCCAGAGCCAAUCAAGGAGUCUGGCAGCGGUGCUAAGUGCUACAACUGUGGUCGCUUUGGACACAUCGCCAGAGCCUGCACCAAGCAACGCUCUCCAGCUGAGGCUUCCCCAGCCGUUCCCGGUGCUACCAACGUUGCCCCAGGUGGAGCUGGUUACAAGGCCGGAAUCACCUGCCACAAGUGCGGUGGUGCCAACCACUUUGCUCGUGACUGCCAGAGCGGUGUUGUCAAGUGCUACGCCUGUGGAAAGACCGGUCACAUCUCUAAGGACUGCUCUUCUGCCAGCGUUAGUUCGAAGGCGUGCUACACCUGCGGCGAGCCAGGUCACAUUUCCCGUGACUGUGACAAAAGAGACGAGUAA